GGUGCGAGCAGCUGCAGCGCCGAGCACGGGAUGUGCACCACUUCCUUCAGAUGCCCAAAUAAACGUCACCUUUCUCAUUCAUAUUUUAAUCGUGCAGAACUCAGGGAUUUGAGCUGUAUUUUGUAUGUAUUGUCAACUUCCGCAGCAGCCAUGGACCGCAGCAGCAGCAUUGAAUGCAUCUUCUUCAGUGAAUUCCACCCAACCCUAGGGCCUAAAAUAACCUACCAGGUGCCAGAGGAUUUCAUCUCCCGAGAGCUCUUUGACACGGUCCAGGUGUACGUCAUCACCAAACCCGAGCUGCAGAACAAGCUCAUCACGGUGACGGCGAUGGAGAAGAAGCUGAUUGGCUGCCCAGUUUGUAUCGAGCACAAGAAAUACAGCCGGAACGCUCUGCUCUUCAACCUGGGCUUUGUUUGUGAUGCGCGAGCCAAGACGUGCGCAUUGGAACCCAUCGUGAAGAAACUGGCUGGCUAUCUCACCACCUUAGAGCUGGAAAGCGGCUUCAUCUCCAACGAAGAGAGUAAACAAAAGCUGGUGCCCAUAAUGACCAUCCUGCUGGAGGAGCUGAACGCCACAGGGAAAUGCACCUUGCCAAUCGGUAGGGCCGCUGGGCGUCCGGCUGGAACGGAGUCCCUGUCCCUUGGCGUGGCACCCCGCGCAUGGCUCCUGUCUGUGGCAGGGGAGCCUCCUGAUAGCUGGGAGGAGAGGGGGAGGGCUUGGGCCCUCACCCCUCAGCAGAUCCUGCCGUACAUUGAUGGAUUUCGGCACGUCCAGAAGAUCUCUGCCGAAGCCGACGUGGAGCUCAAUUUGGUGCGAAUCGCCAUCCAGAACCUGCUGUACUAUGGGGUGGUCACGCUGGUCUCCAUACUGCAGUACUCCAAUGUGUACUGUACCACGCCUAAAAUCCAGGAUCUGGUGGAUGAUAAAUGCCUCCAAGAAGAAUGUCUCUCUUACGUCACCAAACAAGGCCACAAGCGAGCCAGUCUCAGAGACGUCUUCCAGCUCUACUGCGGGCUGAGCCCCGGCACGACCGUGCGAGACCUCAUCUGCCGCUACACCCUGCAGCUCCAGAGAGUGGAGGAAAGGAAGCUCAUCCAGUUCGGUUUGAUGAAGGGCCUGAUCCGCCGGCUCCAGAAGUACCCUGUGAAGAUAGUGCGGGACGAGAAGAGUCACCCGGCACGACUGUACACGGGCUGUCACAGCUACGAUGAGAUCUGCUGUAAAACAGGCAUGAGCUACCGAGAGCUGGACGAGAGGCUGGAGAACGAUCCCAACAUCAUUGUUUGCUGGAAGUGAAUCUCUCUUGGGACGGGGACAGGCAGCGUCCUGCCGCGUGGAGAGAAGAACACGGGGGCUGGAAGGCGGAGCUGGUCACCGCUUGGAGAUGGCUCCAAGAGCCCAGACUGUGGCUCUUUCAAGUGACUGGGCUCCUGUGGGGGAGAGGGGGGUGGCGUAUUUCCGCUAACGCUGCUCGGAGAGCAAUUGCAUUGCUCCACAAUAGCAAAGCAUGGCUCCGGCAUCUCAGUGCAAAGCGUGUGCGAGCCAGCUGGCUUCUGCCACGUGCCGCUGGUAUCAUCGGUUCCACGGUGUCUGGGCCAGCCUUGGUCGCGCACGAACUCGUCACCGCUGUCAUGGGAAUUGGAAGGUGUUCAGUUGGGGCGCAGAGACCCCCACGUGGGGACCAGCCUGAGUCUGUGUGUUACAGGGAAGGGGGGUGGUUUCCACUCUCAGAAGCACGGAUUGUUUUGCCUUCUCUGUCCCUAGACGCUUUCCCCGCAGCCCAGUGAGGCUGCCCCGAUCCAGCAGCAGAGGGGGCUGUGGGAGCGGAGUAGCCGGGUUCGGUAAAGGGGGCUCCGGGAGAGGAGUGAGUCAGUGGCAAUAAAACUGAUCCAAUGGCCUUUGAAGCGUCGGUGCAUUCCCAGCGCGGUGGCGGAUGGAAAG